AUGGCUUAUAUUCAUGAUGUCAUCUAUCCAUACAUCUCGUGGGGAGACAGUUAUUUAGUAGUUGAAAGUGCUGAAUUUAUCAGAGUUGAUGAGGUGGAGGAUUAUAGAAUCAAGCUUCUCAUGAGGAUGAAAAGUGAUAAGCAUGACUUCAGUGACCAUAUUUGGGAGUCCGAAGAGACACCGGAGUUUCUUUUGGGGUUCAUGACAAACAAGGAGAGGAUAAUGACGUAUCUAAGAAAAUGA